AUGUCGACUAUUCAUUUUCAUGAGCGGCCAUUAAGUAUCGCGGCUCGACCAUCACUUUCAACCCACAGACACGUUCGUCCGUCUGCUGUUUUCCUCGGACCUCGAACUGUCAAUGGCGGGAAAGAAAUCACUUUGCGGGAACGUAAGCUGGCAAGAGCCCGUAACCAGUUUCCGCUGCAAGUAAGCCGAGGAGGUCAGGGGAAUCGCGUGCACUGCUCCGCGACUAAUAACGGGCAGUCCUCAACAGCUGCGGGCGCGGAAGACUGGGUGGCGCGGUAUGCGGACGCUCUCAGGCUGCUGCCGCUCGCAGCAGGGGCGGCGGGCGGAGCGGUGGUGCUGGUGAACCGCGUGGUGUGGGGCAUUCCGGCCGUCGCUGACGCGGGCAGUGCGCGCCUCCCCCCUUUCCCCCACUCCGCCAUUCCCCUCACUGCACGCCCCUCCGGUCACCUCGCGCCAUCCAUCCGUUCCCCUUCCUUCGCCUGCCGUUUCUCUGCCAGCGCGCAGGCACGUGCUGACGUCAUCUGCCUGGUCCUGGCCGCCUCUAUGGUGCUGUCAGGCCUGUCGUGGCUGGCGCUUCGACCCAAACCACAGACCCCGGUGGUCCUUAAUGGUGUUCCCUGCCACCGCAUGCUGCCGUCCCUGCCUCAACCCGUUCAACAAGAGUUGAACUGGGCAUGGACUUCUCUCAAUUUCAACACCCCCUGCUGUUCACUAGUCAUUAUUUUCAAGGGGCAAUGUAUUCUGCAAGUAGGCAGCAUGACUCCAGCACCCAACAUGCCUGGUGUCACUACUGCUGCUACAGUGGAUGCUGAGAAGCUUCUUUCGGGCUCCAUCUGUUCCACGGUUCUCAAGUCUGGACGCCCAAACUAUUUAGCUAACCUCAUUUUGUUUCCAGCAAGAUACGAGCUCUUUGAGUUCCUUCCAGACAACACGCAGGUGUGGCUUGGGAGCAUUGCAGAGAAGCUAGAUGCAUCAUUGUCAGCACUCCUGGAGCAGGGUUGA